UGGGCCCAAGCCCGGCCCGAAAAAUCACUACUCUCUUUCUCAGAACUUUGAACUGGACAGAGAACAAUCUAUCUAUGCUUCUUUCUGCACCUCUACAUACUAGUACAGUCUACCUAAUGCACUGCCUAUUUCAUGUUUUUGCCCGUUGCAACUGAAGAUUUACAAAUCGACUACAGUCUACAGACAGAGACAGUCUACAAAUUAUAAUUUACAAAUCAUUCAGUCAUUCAAAAUGAAAAUUCAAAUUUACAGUAGACUAGUAGAUAGAGUACAAGUCAGUCUUGAUUCUCCUACUUUGCAGAAUUGCAUGUUGCCGUUAAACUGUUUAAGUCUUUAAGAAAUUCAACCAUUGCCCUUGCCCAGUUGCCCGUUGGUUCAUCAACUUUCAACCUACAAAUACCCCUUACUCAUUCAGUCAUUCUUCACAAAGACACAAAUCAAUCUAACAAAUCACAAGUACUUGCACUAGUAUUUUUGCAUCUUGCAUUCUUGUGAGCUUUGAUAUUCUGAUAUACUGGUUCUAGUAUUGUUGCUCACUUCCUCUCAAAUUGAACUAGAUCCAGAAGGACCAAAUCUCACCACACUGGUUCUGAGUCUUUUGAUUUCUGCGACUCUGCCUGACUAAGUGACUGUCUUUCGUGGUCUCGCACUCUCGCCCCUCGGAGCUCUCUCCACGACUCCACCGGUACCACCGCAUCACUCCACGAGUCCACUAGUUUACAUACCCGUGCACGAUUUUGAGGAUCUGUCUUCGACUCUUCGCCUCUUCGGUUCAUUAAGUUCAACAAUCAAUAGUUCAACUCUUAUCUAAGAGUCAUCAAUCAUAACAUCCUCAAAUCCUAUUGGUUGGGUUGAAGUGAAUUGCAAUUUGUACGAGCACUAUUGGCAAUUUGGCAACUCAUAUUCAACUUAUUGUGAAGAAUUGAAUUCUUUGGGUAAUUUCUUAUUUAUAAUUUAUUGCACCUUUAAUUUGCAUUAGUAUGGACCAUACUUAUAAUGUUGAUAACCCUUCGAUUGCUACCACUAUUGAUGAGGAGGAUGUUAUUGUGAGGGAAUUCAUAGGAUCUCCAGGUACUCAAAUUCCAAAUGAGUCUACUUUUGCUGGUACAACUAGAAGUGUUAAAACUCAAAAGCCACCUAGUGAUGCAUGGAGAUUUUUUGAAAGAAUUAUAAUUACAAAUCCUAAUAAUGUGAAAGUAGUGAAAGCAAAAUGUUUAACAUGUGGUAAGUUAUUAAGUGGUGCAUCUAGUGGAGCUACUAGUCAUUUGAUACGUCAUUUUGAUAAAUGUAGACAAAAUAGUAAUGUAGAUAUUAGAACACAAAUGCAAUUAAAUAUAGAUCCAACUGGAAAUGUAGCUAAUUUUCAAUAUGAUGAAUCACGUGCACGUGAAGAGGUAAUAGAUUAUAUGAUUAGGGUCGAGCAACCAUUUACUUUUGUUGAAAAACAUGAAUUUACUGGUAUGAUUCAAAGGGGCAUCAAUCCUCAAUAUCAUGGUUUUUCUGCUACAACUGCGAAAAGAGAUACUAUAAAUCAAUUUCAAAGUAGAUUACUUGAAUUGAAGAAUUUUUUUAUUAAUUUUGAUGGAAAAAUGUCUUACAUCUGAUAUAUGGACUUCUGUCCAAAAAAUGAGUUAUUUAUCAUUGACAACCCAUUAUAUUGAUAAUGAAUGAAAUUUUAAUAAAAAAAUUAUUAGUUUCAAAAUGUUAGAAUCCCCUCAUACUGGAUUCUCGAUAUCGAAUUUAAUUCUACAAGAACUUGAAUACUUAGGCAUUAGUAGCAAAAUAUUUUCUAUUACACUAGAUAAUGUUAGUAAUAAUGAAGUUGCUCAAAGAACAAUGAGACGCUAUCUUACGCUACCUGUAGGUGAAAACUUAUUUCAUGUUCAUUGUUGUGCUCAUAUUUAUAAUUUGAUAGUUCAAGAUGGUUUACACGUUUUACAUAACUCGAUUGAAGUAAUUAGAGAUAUUGUACUAUGCAUUAAUUCAUCUGUUUCCAGAUAUGAAAUGUUUAAAAAUUGUUGUGUAAAAUUACACAUGAAGAGGAGAAACAUUCCACUAGAUGUGCCUCAUAGAUGGAACUCAAUAUAUUUACUAUUAAACGUGGCAAUAACAUAUAGGAGGGUUGUAGAUUUAUUUUGCGAAGAAAUGAAAGAAAAAUAUGGUAAUUCAAAUUUACAAGUACCUAGUGAUUAUGAUUGGGCAAUUGCUGAAGUUAUUAGAGAUUUUUUAGAUGUUUUUCAUACUGCUACUAAGAUAUUUUGUUCAAUUUAUUAUCCUACAUCUAGUCGAGUGCUUAUGCAAUUAACACAUAUUUGUAUGACAUUUGAUAAAUAUUCACAAUUUGUUGCUUUUAAAAAUGCUUUGGUGGCAAUGAGAGAAAAAUUUUCAAAAUAUUUUGAUCCUUUACCAAUUUUAUUUAGUAUUGCUGUGGUUAUAGAUCCUAGGUGCAAGAUUGAAGUAUUAGAAGUAUGGUUAGAAACAUUAUAUGCUAAUGAUCCAGAAAAAGUCAAAACACAAAUAAACGAAAUAAAUAAUUGUUUGACUCAAUUGUAUGAUGAAUACAAAAAUCAACUAGGAGAGCAUAGGACACCACAAAAUGUCACUGGUUCGAGUUCUUCUUCCUCGUCUUCGUCUAGAUUCUUAGGAGGAUUUCAAUUGCUAAAAAGUAGACGAACUCACUCAUCUACAUCAUCUAGUGGGUCAACUUCUGAAUUAAAAAUGUAUCUUGAUCAAUCUGUGAUUGAUUUUGAUCCUAAUCCUAAUUUUGAUAUAUUAGCCUAGUGGAGGGUACAACAGGGCAGGUACCCUUUACUCUCCAAAAUGACCCGUGAUAUACUAACCGUUCCAGUUUCGACCGUAGCGUCAGAAGCAGCUUUUAAUGCAGGUGGGAGAGUU